AUGUUAGAAGAUGCAGAAAAUUUAAACCCACUUGUGCUUCAGGACUUUAUCUCUCUCUGCAGCAGUCACCUGGAUUCAUUACCAGUUAUUUUAGUACUGGGUAUUGCAACUUCUCUCACGGUGAUUCACCAGUUGUUGCCAACAUCAGUCUCAUCACUACUGUGCAUUGAGACAUUUCAGGCACCAUCAGCUUCCAGCUACCUCACCCAGUUGAUGGACAAGAUUAUCAUGACCCCUGACAUACCAUUCAGACUGGGACCAAAGGUGUUUCAUUUCUUGCUGGAUGUGUUUCUCUAUCAUGACUUUUCCAUUUUGAACUUCAUCAUGGGGUUUGAAUACAGCAUGGCAGAGCAUUUUCUGUCAAAUCCAUUGAGCUUGUUGUGCUGCCCGAGGAGCGACAUUGAUAUGGUCGUUUCUAGAUUAACUCAUGUGCAACUGGAGGAUAUUCGUAGACAGCCUGCUUUUAUGAGGUAUGUCGAAGACAAAUCAGCAGACUACCAGGCCAUACUUUUAACAGAUGAUUCAGCAACCAAGAAAUUGCUGACAGAAGAACUCACAGUUGUGCAUGUGUCACAUGCAAAAAUGUUUACCACUCUCCGUUUUCUUCAUUCUCUGUGUUCUGGCUUGCCGAAACAUCCUCUGGGAAAGCAGUUACGGGAGCUGUAUUCUGUUUGCCUCACACAAGAACUGUGCAAGUCUGAAGGUUACGAGCAGGCCUUCAAUUUGUUGAGAAUGAUGUCUUGUGAUGAUCUUUCACAGCUGCUCAAUGUAUCAUUGAAGACUUUAUCAGAGGCAAGAGAUGAGGACAUUGGAAGAUUGCACAAAGAUGUUGAAAGCUUUAUUUACAGAUUACAGCAUAUAGAUGAGGAGCCAGAUGAUGAAAAGACAGGUUCAGAAAACAUGCCUGAUGCUGGUAGGGUCUUACCCAAAAGAGCUAAACUUCAUGAACUGAAAGAGAAACUGCAGUCGUUGACAACAUGCCGAAGGAUGUCACCAUAUGAACGACUAAGAAACACAGUACUCGACACACUUCAUAAACAUUUAAGCUUGUUGUUAGUUUGUCCUUUAUCCAGACCUCUACAUGAAAUUUUCUAUUUUAAUAAUCUAAGUGCCAUCAGAGACCAGAUCCGAGCAACACCACGGUGUACAAUCCAGCAUGCGUUGACGCAGCCAGGGAAAUACCUGAACUGUCCUUGCUGUCAGUGUGAAGCAGACGCCAUUUUACCUUCAAUGCCAGAUAUUUGUAUUGUGUACAAGCUUCAUUUAGAGUGUGGGACUUUAGUCAACCUCUAUGAUUGGCUUCAGGCUUUUGUCACAGUAAUUUCUUCUAAGGAGACUGGAGUCGGCAAAAAAGUAGAAAGGAAUUCUAAACCAAGCACGGAGCUUCGAGCUCGAUUUAUCAGGGCAGUUUCAGAACUGCAAUUUCUAGGAUUUAUUAAGGCGACUCAGAGGAAGACUGAUCAUGUGACACGCUUAACCUGGUAA